AUGGCCAUUACCAUACUCCCCCCAGUUGUGGAUGAUGCCGAUGUUCCGCAAGCAGAUUCCGACAUUGAUGCGAUGUCAAUGGAUUCCGAGAGCGACGCAGAUACGGCAACAGGAGGCCAUUUUCAGUCCGCGAAGCGACAUCAUAUUGCUGGCAUAAGCAAGUUAAAUACAGGAAUUGUAACCCCUGGAGAGGUUGUGACGGAUGAUCCUCAAUGGAUGAGGGGUCAUGGAACUUAUACCAAUCCGCUUUCUACGUCCAUCAUCGCCACUGUCGCUGGUACUAUUCAGAAAACCAACAAACUCCUCUCUGUGCGACCUCUUCGCGCGCGUUAUACGCCGGAGAUAGGUGACUUGGUUGUUGGGCGCAUUGUGGAGGUUCAGUCUCGGAGGUGGAAGGUUGACGUUGCUGCUCCCCUUUUAGCACAGCUCCCUCUAUCUGCGAUCAAUCUCCCGGGUGGCAUUUUGCGUCGAAGAACGAGCACCGAUGAGCUACAAAUACGAACCUUUUUCAGUGAGGGAGAUUUGGUCGUCGCAGAAGUUCAAAGUGUACACUCUGAUGGUGCAGCCUCGUUACAUACGCGGUCGCUGAAAUAUGGAAAGCUAAGAAACGGAUUCUUCCUCGCAGUGGCCGGGACUGGAGGGAGUGGGGCUUCAAGAGUCUCAAAGGGAGGAGUUUCAGGACCUACCGGCGGAGGUCCAAUAGGUACGGCAGCGGGUACAGGGGGAGUAGUCCGAUCUCGCAGACAGGUUUGGACUGUCGAGACGGCCAACGGAGGUGGUGAAGUUGAUGUCAUACUCGGUGUGAAUGGCUACAUCUGGAUCUCCAAGCACGCGGACGGUACCGCAGCAGCGUCCUCGAAAACAGAGAACGUCUCGAUCACACGCAUGGAGGAAGUGGUUUCCAGCUCGAUAUACUCUAGCCAGAAUGAUGAUAUUCCGCCGCAAACAAGACGCGAGAUUGCGCGACUGUCACAAUGCAUUCGCGUACUAGUCCAAGGCGGCGUGCCGGUCGAUGAGGAAUCAGUCAUGGAAGCGUACAAUGCCAGCUUGCAGGUAGAUCUGGAAGUGGACGAUGACGACUAUGCUACUGAGAGGAGCGAGGGGGCGGGGUAUUUGGAGGGAAUAAAGGCCCAGAAAAUUUUAGAGUUUUUUGUACAGCGGAGAUAG